AUGGCAUGUGUCAACACUUCACAAAACUUCAGUUACAGCUACAUCUAUGAUCCCACCUUCAACGUGCCCGAUAUCUUAUCUAAGAUAGCAUGCACAGUCUCUGGUAUCUACAUUCCUUUGAUCAUCAUCGGCAUCUAUGUGCUUUACUUGGAGGUUCGAAAUGAUCAUGUUGUUCCGAUCUACAUCAUCAACCUCCUCCUCGUGUCUGACAUUAUCCAGCUCUGCUGCAAUAUUGCAAUGCAUGUACACCCUCUUCCCCUCACCAUAGACGUUCACCUCUAUUGCCUGUUUGCCAGUAUUGGCUUCAUGGUGUGUGUCGCCCUGGAAAGGUUUUUGCUGAUCGUCUUCCCUCUGUGGUAUCGCAUCAGAUGGACCAUCAAGACCUCUCUGCUGGUCUGCGUCAUGGUCUGGAUCCUGCCCCUUGUGCCUUUCCUGGCUUUCCUUUUCUAUCCUGAUUAUAAGGUCACCUUUCCCAUCGUGGGCACUGUUUUCCUCCUCCCCUGCCCACUGCUGAUCUUCUUCCUGGGUGGGACCCUCAGAGCUCUGUCUGCCUCCGUCUCGGUCCCGGCUGAUGAAAAACGGCGUGUUGUAGGCAUGUUGGUGCUGGUGCUGCUUAUUUACACUCUGCUGUUCCUGCCGGUGGCCUUUUUUUUUUUUCUGGUACCUGAACACAGUACUGACAGUCUCUUCAUCAUGAGUGAAAUCUCUUUUCACAUGAGUCCUUUUGCAAACUUGGUUCUGUAUAUUUUCAUGAGGAAAGGAGUCGUAGACAAGCCUGCCUCUGCGUGUUGUUGCAAAGUGGCCAACAACGAUGUCAACGGUCCAGCAGUUUAA